AUGUUGCUGCUCCUCACCUUUUCUUCACCUUCACUCCUGGCCCCACUGAGGAUACUCUUGUUUUCUCUGCCUAUUUCCAACUUAUUCACUAAAGCUGGACAUUGCUCUCAGCUGUUGGCCUUGUACAAACUGGUGGCAACGGUGGGAUACCUGCUGCCGUUCUCACCCACUUCUCACAUUUUGGCAGUGAGGUAUGGCAACAGGCUUCCAGGAGAGGAGUGCACCAUGGGCGGGGGUGUGUUGGGGCAUUGUGAGGAGGUUUGGGCAUGCCUGAAUGAUGGGGGCGUGGUAAGGCGUGAGGGUGUGGUGCAGCUGUGUAGGUCGAUUGACGGUGUCUACGUCUGCUGCAGGAAACCUUACCUCCUCGCCAGAGAAUUGUGUGACGCAUGGAGCAGGUACUGGCGGCAGGAGGAAGACCAGAGCUGUGUUGUCGCUAAGCCACUCAUCGUAGGAGGCACCCAAGCGAAUAUUGGAGAGUUUCCACAUUCGGCCAUCAUCGGCACCAAGAAAUGGAACAGACCUAUCAAGUACUUCUGUGGUGGUACCCUUAUCUCUCCUCACUACAUCCUCACCGCAGCACACUGCCUCUUCUUCCCUUCUACUGCAAAGGGACUGACAUUCUGGGCCAAACUUGGAGAACACGACCGCUUUCACGAUUCCUCUGGGACCUUUAUUGAGGUCAUUAAAGGCUCCAUCCCCUCAUCCCUGUAUGGUGCAGCCGAUCUGCAAAGACACCACCUUAGUGGAGUCGUUGAUCCCGUUGAUCUUGCUGCUGCAGAGGUGGACUGGGUACCCUACAAAGUGAACUUCUCUGGCAACCCAGCAGCUGCUACCAAGAGUGAUCCCAUUGAAAUGGCUUCGAUGGAACAAGUUAUAGAGGUGGAGAUGGAGGAGAUUUACCCUCACUAUACUGGCCGAAUGAAUUACCACGAUAUUGCCCUCCUAAGGCUUAAAACUCCGGCCAAGUUCACCAGGAGGGUUUUGCCGGCCUGCCUGCCCCACUACCCACUAGAGGACUACACUGGCAAACACCUCACUGUGACAGGCUGGGGAUAUACUGCAGGAAUCCGGGAGAUGUCAAAGGUUUUGCAGAAGGUGAGAGUACCAGUGGUGGAGCGCCUCAACUGCUCUACCAUAGUGAAGAACCCUUUCAACGUACCUUUGGGCAUCACCCAGGACAUGCUGUGUGCAGGAGAGAGAGACAGAGACUCCUGCCAGGGUGACAGUGGUGGGCCACUGACGGAGCAAGUAGUGAGGAACGGCAGUGCCUGUGAGCACACAGUGGUGGGGGUGGUUAGCUUUGGCCAAGGCUACAACUACUCUCCCUGCGGCCUGAUGGGCGUGUAUACAAGAGUCUCCGCCUACCUCGACUGGAUCACUGGCUUCAUAGCACCCAACACCACCACCACCUACAUGCCUGCAACCACCACCACCACAAGUACAACUACCACCAUGACCCAGACGACUUCUACAAACUAUCUUUAUUUUCUUUAAUUAUAAUCAUAACUAAGUGCUAAA